UAUACACACAUGAGAGCGAGCUGCUUUAGGAGUAGAGCUCACCAUUAAACAUGGGUGGGAGAACCCCUCUUCUUGUCCUCACCUUUUCUCUUGCUGUUCUGAGCAUUAAGCUUGGGAUUUCUCAUGGCUGCCGAGAGACGGAGAGGAAAGCCCUCAUCGACUUCAAGCGUGGACUUCAUGAUCCUUCCAAUCGUCUCUCUUCCUGGGUCGGGGAGGACUGUUGUGCGUGGGAAGGUGUUGGCUGCAGCAACAUCUCUGGUCAUGUUAUCAAGCUGGAUCUUCGAAAUAGACGACGAAUGGAUCUAUAUGAAGACUGCACUCAUCAGGAGGUGUACUACUUGUUGGAUGAUGAUCCAGGAUGCAAUUGGGCAGUGCGUGGUGACAUAACUCCAUCACUGCGUUCUCUCCAACAACUUAGUCACCUGGACCUCAGCGGCAACUCUUUUACCCAUAAACCUAUCCCCAAGUUCUUGGGAGCUUUCAGAAGACUAACAUAUCUUAACCUGUCAGGUGCAGGCUUCAUGGGCAGAGUACCUGACCAGCUCGGAAAUCUAUCCACUUUGCAGCACCUCGACCUUUCUUAUAACUGCUAUGGGGAUGAUGAAGGUGAUGGCUUCUUCUGCUUGUACCUUGAGAAUACGAGAUGGGUCUCUAUGCUCACUUCCCUUCGGCACCUUAACAUGAAUUGGGUCAAUUUGACAAAUGCAUCCAACUGGUUGCAAGAUUUGAACGUGCUACCACGUGUUCAAGAGAUUGAAUUAAGUUCUUGUGACUUAGGGACCUUUCCCCGUUCGCCGUCUCAUGUCAACUUCACAUCUCUCACCACUCUUGAUUUACGAGGCAAUGAUAUAAACUCCACCAUACCAAAUUGGGUGUUCAAUAUUACUAGCCUCGAGUUCCUUUAUCUUGGUGGGAAUGACCUAUAUGGGUUCUUCCCUGAUUCUGUUACGAAGUUGACGUCUCUCAAGGCACUCGACUUGUCUAGCAGUGUAUUCCAAGAUGGCUUGAAGCAGGUAGCUCCUAUAUCCAACCUCUGCAAGCUCCAAAUUCUCAACCUGCGCUAUGUGCCUAUCAAAGAUGUGUUUGCCAAUCUAAAAAUGAUUUUCUCUGGAUGUCUUAAGUAUAGCAUGGAGGAAUUGGACCUCAGCGACACCCAGCUGAGUGGUUCCUUUCCGGAUUGGUUAGGGAACAUCAAGAAUCUCAAAUCUCUUGAUCUUUCUUUCAAUUCUAUCUAUGGAUCAGUACCUGCAUCUAUCGGGAAUCUAUCAUUGCUGCAACAUUUGUAUUUAUAUUCCAAUGAUUUGAAUGGGACGAUUUCAGAAGCAAUGAGACAACUGAAGAGUCUCGUUGAUUUGGAUCUCGAAAGUAACUCAUUGAGCUUAUCAGAGGACGACCUGGCUAAUCUAUCGAGUUUGGAAUAUUUGGACAUUUCGUAUAAUUUUAUUGAAUUGAACAAAAGCGAUGAUUGGAUCCCUCCUUUUCAGCUUCGAAGCCUCUCCAUGGAGUUCUGCCAAAUAGGGCCCACGCCCCAAUUUCCAAAAUGGCUUCGAACACAAACCACUCUUCGUCAACUAGAUUUGUCUAGUGCAGGUAUCAAAGACCCGUUUCCCAACUGGCUUCCUUCCGGUCUCCAGUAUUUGUAUCUCUCCGAUAAUGAGAUCACCUGUGAUGUAUGGCAAUAUUUUCCAAAUCUAAUUAUGUUGGAUCUCAGAAAUAACUCUUUAUCAGGAUAUCUUCCUUCAAAUUUAUCAAACAUGAUGCCAAGUCUCAAAUAUUUGGAUCUCUCCAACAACAAGAUUACGGGAGUAAAAGACAUGAUUCUCGACAGGCUUCCUUCUAGUCUUGAGCGUUUGGACCUUUCUUAUAACUCUCUCCAUGGAUCACUACCUGUAUCUCUUGAAAACCUCUCUAUGCUGCGAUCUUUGAAUUUAAGAUCUAAUAAUUUGAGUGGGAUGCUUCCAGAAGGCAUCAAACAAUUGAAGGGCCUCGUCGAUUUGGAUCUCUACAAAAACUCGUUGAGCUUAUCGGAGGACGACCUUGCUAAUCUAUCAAGUUUGAAAUAUUUGGACAUUUCAUACAACUCUAUACACUUGAACAAAAGCAAUGACUGGAUCCCUCCUUUUCAGUUUAAUAGCAUUGACAUGCAAUUCUGUCAAAUACUGCCGAUGCCUCAAUUUCCGAAAUGGCUCCGAACACAAACCACUCUUUGGGAAUUAGAUUUAUCAAAUACAGGUAUCAAAGAAGCGUUUCCAAAUUGGCUUCCUUCAAGUCUCAGAUAUUUGUAUCUCCCAAAUAAUGAGAUCAACUGUGAUAUACGACAAUAUUUUCCAAAUCUAAUUAUAUUGGAUCUCAUAAAUAACUCGUUAUCAGGGCACCUUUCUCCCAAAAUAUCAAAUAUGAUGCCAAGUCUAGAAUAUUUGUAUCUCUCCGAUAACAAGAUUACUGGUGAGUUGCCACAAUUCUUUCCAAAACUGAAAUAUUUAUUUCUUUCGAAUAACUCGUUCUCAGGAAAUCUUCCACCAAGAAUCUCAGACACAAUGCCAAACUUACAAUGGUUUGAUCUAUCUACAAAUAAUAUGAGUGGCGGUAUUCCCUUCUCUUAUUGUCGAUCCAGGUAUUUGGAAGGGCUUCAGCUUUUUGAAAAUAAUUUGUCAGGAGAGGUGCCUAAUUGCUGGAAAAAUUCCUCAAAUUUACUUCUUUUAGACUUAUCAAGCAAUAAAUUAGUAGGUGGAGUCCCUGAUUCGUUCUGUAAUUUGCAAAUGCUAGAGUCAAUGCACUUGAGUCACAAUAAUUUAUCCGGGCAGAUUCCUCGUUGUUUAAAGAGUUGCACAGAACUAGCAACUCUCGACUUGGGCCACAAUAACUUCGUAGGGAAUAUACCAACUUGGAUUGGAGAAAGCCUAUUGUACCUGAAAACACUUAGCUUACGCUCCAAUGCCUUCAACGGCAGCAUUCCUCAAUUAUCUUCUCUACCAUCUCUUCGUAUCUUGGAUCUCUCCAACAAUAAUCUUUCAGGAACAAUACCACAGACCUUUGGGAACUUCAGGGCAUUAAGAAGUGCUCCUACAUAUCAUUGUUGUUACUUCAACAACGUUCGACUCUAUGAAGAUGAUAUGUGGCUCUUUAUAAAAGGAAGUGAAUUCAAGUAUACCACCAGUCAACUUUCAAUUGAUGCACUUAUUGAUCUCUCCAACAAUAACUUAUCUGGAUACAUCCCUGAAGAGUUGGGGAAUUUGCAUGGAUUGCGGAGCUUAAAUCUGUCCAGAAAUUACCUUAUAGGUCAGAUACCAUGGAGCAUUGGCAGAAUGAAACAACUGGAAGUUCUCGAUCUAUCAAGAAAUAAUCUCUCUGGUGCAAUUCCUUCCGAUUUGACAGCCUUGAAUUUCUUGAACCAAUUAAAUUUAUCAUAUAAUAAUCUUUCAGGAAGGAUUCCCACUGGCAACCAGUUGCAAACUUUUACUGAUCCAUCUAUUUAUGCUGGCAAUCCAAAUCUUUGUGGCCCUCCUCUCCCCAAAAAUUGUACGAUAAAUAUAGCGAAGGUUGAUGAAGAAGAGCAAAAUGAAUAUUCUUCUAAAAGCAGAAUGGAAACACUUUGGUUAUACACGAGCAUCACACUAGGAUUUAUUACCGGAUUUUGGACGGUUUAUGGAAGCCUUUUGUUGCUUCGGACAUGGAGGAUCGUGUACUUCCGUGCCAUUGAUAACAUGUUUGACAAGCUAUAUGUGGUGAUGAUAGUGACCGUGGCAAAAUACAAAAGGAAGCUAUGAUGACUCUGAUUGUUAGAGGGGGUCUACAUGACUCAUCGGACUUAAGCAAUAGCAAUGCCAUUGGUAUAUGAUAUGCUCAUGGUUUGUAUAUUUUUCAUAACACACCAUCACAUGAUUUUAAUUUUCCCUUUUUGUGCAUGCUAUAGUAACUCUGUUAUAUGAUCUGUUGAUGUUUGUCUACGUAGUUGUUUGUCAAAACUUGAUGUCAUCGAAAUAUGAGUUCUCUGCCUAUGGUUUAUGAGCUGUAAUUUCCUUCAUGCGACGGUGUUUAUGGUGUCAUGACCAACAUUUGAUGGUAAAUUCUUACCUCAAUUGAAUAAUUUAAUAACAUAUUAACGGAGUCAAGUAAAUGAUAAUAAUUUGAGUAGUAUUUUUUUUAU